AUGCCGACGCUCGUGGUUAACACCAAUGUCAGCCGCCAGGCCGUACUCGAGAGCCUGCCCAGGGAGUUCACCCAGAAGCUGGCCAAGGCAACCAGCAAGCCAGCCCAGUAUAUUGUAACCGACCAGCUGAUGUCCUUUGGAGGCUCUGCUCAGCCUUCUGCCCUGUGUAGCCUACACAGCAUCGGCAAGGUAGGUGGCCCGCAAAUCAAGGCUUACUCGAAGUCGGUGUGUGAUCUGCUUACUAAACACCUGCAGAUACCAGCAGACAGGGUCUACAUCAACUAUGACAAUAUGAAAUGCUAG